AAAUAUUUAUCAUAAUUUGACCAAUGAUAUUAAUGUCAAAAUUUUGCUUAUACCUUACAUGAAGUCUUUUUUGUUUUUCAUUUAAACGGUCACACUCGUGGCAUCGCUUAUUUAUAAUUUCUUUGUUCCCGCGACAUUUUAAAGUAAAUAAUUUUGGAAAAUGAGUUUUCUGAGCUGCAGCAGCACUGUCCAUGUUGAAGUUCGCUUGAAACGCAGCGAUCAGCGUUUGCCGGCAUUGAAGGCGACUUUGGAGCCGCUAAUUCAUUCGUAUCUGCAGUCAUCCAUAAAUCUGCCCCUCAAUGUCGCAUUCCCACCGAAUAUUCCGGAGGAAGAUCACCAGCUGGUGGAAACUAUCCUUCUGGAGCGAGACAACGGCGGCGGAAGGCCAUCGGAGGCAACAGUCAACAAGUAUAGCUUUCAUUUCUACAUGCCACAGCGCGAGGAAGCCAAUUCAGGGGCUGGACUCUUCGAUGCCGGUGGAGGUGGGGACGGUGAUGGCUUCGAAAACGUUGUGGCUGCCAACCAUCUUCUUCUCCCGGCCAGCCGGUUUGUAGGCUUGUGGGAGAAUCUCAUCUACGAGAACGGUCUGAAGGAAAAGCUCCUAAAGUUUGCAUUGUCGGCCCUGAGUUUCUCUCAGCAUCGUGUAGACACCAAUGUUAUUGCCUGCAACCGACUCCUUCUGCUUCAUGGACCACCGGGAACUGGAAAAACGAGUCUCUGUAAGGCUCUGGCCCAGAAGUUGGCCAUUCGGACACAGGGGAGUUAUGCGUACACCCACCUGGUAGAGAUCAACAGUCACAGUCUGUUCUCUAAGUGGUUUUCAGAGAGCGGCAAGCUGGUGGCGCGCCUCUUCGCUCGAAUUGGAGAGCUGGUUGCUGACCGAAACAAUCUGGUCUGCCUGCUGAUCGACGAGGUGGAAUCUUUGGCUUAUGCCAGAAAUUCCAUGUCCAGCAAUGAGCCGAGGGAUGCUAUGCGGGUGGUUAAUGCUGUGUUAACCCAGCUGGACGACAUCAAGGCCUGCCCAAACGUGCUUAUCCUAGCUACUUCUAAUCUGGCGGCGAGCAUCGACCUGGCUUUCUUGGAUCGUGCGGAUAUCCGGCAGUAUAUUGGAUAUCCAUCUAUGCCAGCAGUGCGAGCCAUUUACAAGACGAUGCUCUCGGAGCUCAUGGCAGCAGGCAUAGUUGAACGGGAGGCGCUGGAAGCUGAAGACUCUGAGGAGGGUCUGCUGACCAAUUUGGCGGAGCGAAGCAUUGGAUUGAGUGGACGCACACUAAGAAAACUGCCACUUUUGGCCCACGCCCAGUUCACCAGCAGCGAUCUCUUCGAACUGAACCAGAAGAUAAGCUUGUCUGACUUUUUGGACGCCAUGAUGCAAGCCCUUGAACAGCACUUGGGCGAGCAGCGUCUCCUUAAAUUGGAGUCCCUUGAAGAGCUCUAA